CUCUGGAACGCGCAGCUCCCUCACUAUGUGCGGGUUCACGGAACAGCUGGAGUCACGCGCGCGUUCACCGUUCACGGCACUGAUCUCCGGCACCUAGCGUAGGUUUCCACCUCUCCAAUUUUUAUUUUCUUGCUGUUCUUUUACAUAUUUUUUUGUUUGUUUCUGGCCUUUAAAAGGUGAAUUGUAAAGGAAUACCAUUUUCACGCCUGGUUUAUGGGUGAAAAAAUCCAGACAGAAUGGAAAAGCGAGGAAUUCCAAAAGUCGAAGGAGAAGGAGAUUUAAAGGACAUAACAUUGACUGAGAUAAGAUUUUAACAGAUUUUCUGGGCGUUUGAAGAUAGGCAUAUAGGGAAAUAAAAGACCGUUUUUAUUUGGUCAAAGAAAGACUGGUCUCAAUACUCAAGGAAUAUGCUUAAACACUUAACAGCCAAUACAAAAUAAAAUAAGUCUUAUUAAUAUCAAGUGGAAUAUCGUCUUUGGAGAUGGAUUCGAUGAAGGAACGAGUUUUGGCCCCUGGUAAGGAGAGAUUGAGGAAUCUGGCGGGGAAAACCCUCGGACACAUGCACAGGGUGAUGGAAAAGAAGCAGAAAACCGGUGAAGUUAUUGAGCUGACCGAAGACGGGCGGCCCGCGCAGGUAAAGGAAAAGAAAGCGCCGCUGUGCGACUGCACGUGCUUCGGGCUUCCGCGGCGGUAUAUCAUCGCCAUCAUGAGCGGCCUCGGCUUCUGCAUCUCAUUCGGGAUCCGCUGUAACCUGGGAGUCGCUAUCGUAGAUAUGGUCAACAACAGCACUAUUCACAAGGGUGGCAAGAUAAUCAUCAAAGAGAAAGCCAAAUUUAACUGGGACCCUGAGACUGUGGGAAUGAUCCACGGCUCGUUUUUCUGGGGUUAUAUAGUGACACAGAUUCCAGGAGGAUAUAUAUCCUCACGACUGGCGGCCAACAGGGUGUUUGGUGCUGCUAUCCUGCUCACAUCAGUACUCAACAUGUUCAUCCCAUCUGCUGCACGUGUGCACUACGGCUGUGUCAUCUUUGUGAGGAUACUGCAGGGACUUGUCGAGGGUGUGACCUACCCAGCAUGCCAUGGGAUUUGGAGCAAGUGGGCUCCACCCCUGGAGAGAAGUCGAUUAGCAACCACCUCUUUUUGUGGUUCAUAUGCUGGUGCUGUGAUCGCUAUGCCAUUGGCUGGAAUAUUAGUGCAGUACUCAGGCUGGUCGUCUGUCUUCUAUUUAUAUGGGAGUUUUGGGAUCUGCUGGUACAUGUUUUGGAUUCUAGUAUCAUAUGAGAGUCCAGCUGAUCACCCUACCAUUUCAGAUGAAGAAAGGACUUACAUAGAGGAGAGUAUUGGAGAAAGUGCCAACCUGCUUGGGGCAAAUGAGAAAUUCAAGACACCUUGGAAGAAGUUCUUUACCUCAAUGCCGGUCUAUGCAAUCAUUGUGGCCAACUUCUGCAGGAGCUGGACCUUCUACCUGCUCCUCAUCAGUCAGCCGGCAUACUUUGAGGAAGUAUUCGGCUUUGAAAUCAGUAAGGUCGGUAUGGUCUCUGCUCUGCCCCACCUUGUCAUGACCAUCAUAGUGCCAAUCGGCGGCCAGCUAGCUGACUACCUUCGCAGAAAAAACAUCUUGUCCACCACCACCGUCAGAAAAAUCAUGAAUUGUGGAGGGUUUGGAAUGGAGGCUACUCUUCUGUUAGUGGUGGGUUUCUCUCAUAGUAAAGGUAUGGCCAUCUCGUUUCUGGUGCUAGCAGUUGGAUUUAGCGGCUUUGCUAUUUCAGGAUUUAAUGUCAACCACUUAGACAUUGCGCCAAGGUAUGCCAGCAUAUUAAUGGGCAUUUCUAAUGGGGUGGGCACACUCUCUGGUAUGGUCUGCCCUCUCAUUGUAGGUGCAAUGACAAAAAACAAGACACGUGAAGAGUGGCAAAAUGUGUUUCUGAUUGCCGCGCUGGUGCAUUAUGGGGGAGUCAUCUUCUACGGGAUAUUCGCGUCAGGCGAGAAGCAGCCGUGGGCAGAUCCGGAAGAGACCAGCGAGGAGAAGUGUGGCUUCAUCGACGAGGACGAGUUAGCGGAGGAGACUGGUGACAUCACACUGAGCCAUGCUCCUUUCGGGGGCCAGGGCACUCUUGGGGGCCCCGCCAAAACAUAUGGGGCUACAACGCAGCUGAAUGGGGGAUGGGCUAAAAGCUGGGAGAAAACCGAGGAAUACGUCCAGGAGGAAGCUGGACAGACGUAUAGAGGAGAACGGUACUCGUAGAUAAUUCAGUCAGAGAGUCUUUAUUCAAAAAGCUGCUAGGGGAGACAUAGAGUAAGAUGUUAGCAUACAUAAUGUAUUCAGAGAGCAAAUGUAUAAUUAGAAAAUACUGUUUAUAAAGUCGUAUUAUAGGAAUAAAGAAAGAAUAUAAAUGGUUAAAUCAAUCUACAGACGGACUAUGGAAAUGUGUAUUUAAAAAGCAAAAAUAUUUAUGUUAGAUUAUUACUGUAUUUAAUCAACUGAUAAAUAAUAUUUAACAGCACACAUGUACAAUAUCUUUAAUCAAAGCACAGGUCCUAAACUAAUUUUGUUUUAGUUUAGUGUUGUCUACUGUGUACUCGCAUAGGAUAAGCAGUUGUUGUAUUUAAUAGAAACAAAUACAGUAUAGUCGGAUGUAGUCAUCAAUAGGAGAUUAGUUUCACGUGGAUGUUUUCUCGGGUUUACAGAGCCCUUGCAACCAAAAUAUGCAAAAUUUGGGUUUUUGUAAGUAUAUUAUAUAUAAACUUGAAACUACAAAGAGUGCUGUUUAUCAUUAUGUGCGUGUACUGUAUUACACAUUAUAAACUCGUCCCUUUAUUUGGGAUUUAAUUCUAGGAAAUAGAGCUAAAUAGAUAUUAAACAAAUGUGUGAUGCAGCGAGAAUCUAAACUAGCACAAUUUUGCAAAACAUAAUAAAUGUAUAUGAAUAUUGAUGUGUAUUAAAAGUGAAAUAUAUUGAUAAACCUUUAAGGGGCAGUCUCCUGGUCAGAGUUUAGAUUAAGCCAGGACUAGGCCUUAGUUAUAUUAGGACAAACAUACUGUAUCUUACAAAAAACAUACUGAGACAAAACAAUGACACUGUUAUUUUUAAAAUUUCAAACAUGAAUUUUAGGCUUGAGCCCUGUUCGGGAAACCGCCCCUAAAAUUACACUUUUAAAGUGCAAUCUUGUAUAAAUUGUGGCACAAAAGCAAUUUUGUUCAUCAACAAUCCAUUUAAAUGUGUGAUACUUUAUUGCUUGGCAAUACAGUCUUGUAUUUUUCAGUGGUAUUAAGCUGGUCUUUAUUAAAAGAUGUUCAAUUCUAGGCAAUGUAUAAUGACAAACCUGCCGUUUUCUGAUAUACUUUGAAUGCACUGAUAUGUUAUUGGGGAAAUGUAAUUUUUAAGUAUGUGUUUUACAAAGAUUUACUGUUUCUGUGAGACUGUGCUGCUGGGUCAGUGAUAUCUGUGCUUUCUGUUCUUAUUGAGCUGUAUUUAUCAUAAAAGUGAGAUUGAUAUAUAUUGUGAUGUCAAAGGGAUCAUUUUAAUAUGUAUGGAAGGGUGGGGGCACAACCUAACGCACAAAUCUCUGCUACGAUUGAACACUUAAAGUUUGUUUACCAUUCUCUCACAAUUGCACUGAAAGCGACAGAAAAGAAAUGCAAAUGUUAAAACUGAUACCCCAUUCGUAAUGUUAGGGCUGUCACAAUGAUUAAAUAAUCGUCUCAUCGUGAUUAUUUGACUUCAUCACGAUGAUUUCAGAUUACCGCAAUGAUUGCACAUCUCUUUAAAAACACAAGGGGGAGCUGCACCGCCUAUAUAAAUGAGACCGUAUUAGAUGGCGCUCCUUAACUGACAGUGUAACGCGAUACAUUGCAAAGCCAUUCAGUACAGUGGAAAAACAGCAGUUAAAGCAACACUAAAGAGUUUUUUUACCUUAAAAUAACGUUUUCAAAAAAAGUUUCAGUCGUUCAUCCACCCGAAACAGGGUGAACGGCCCUUUCACAUUCACUUUGCAGCCCUCUAUUGGCCAAAACCGCACUAAAGAAGUUUCCAACCGUCGGGUCGCGGUCC